UCAGCCUCCCUCGGCAACCUUUUCCUGGCUGGCUCCGCGGGUUCCGCCUCCUCUGAGCUCUACGUAGCCUCUGGACCGGCCUUCCCAAGAUGCUGCGCGCGGGCGGGAGGUUCGGAGCCUCCGGACCCUGCUCCCGCGUGGGGCCUGGGGAAAGUGGCGACAACGGGACUCAGGGCCCCGCGCGCUGAGAUUGAAUGCAAGACUCGCCACCAGCAAAAAGAUUAUGACUCACUUAAUUGCGAUACUAUAUUACUGUGGUGUCUGGAACCAAAUGCGCAAUAUCUCCGAGGCUGCCUGAGUUUGAAUCCUGGCUCUGUCACUUCCUAGCUGUAAGCCUUUGAGAAGAUCCCUGAACUCCGUGCCUCAGUUUCUACAUCUAUAAAGUGGGAUAAUAGUGCCUAUGGCACAAGGAUGUCGUAAGGAAUAAAUGAUCAUUCUCAUUUCAUUUUUAGGUUUAAAAGUAUCAAAUGGAAUCAAUUUGCAUUCAAAAAUUGGACCAAUGCAAAGACUUGAUAUUGUGGAAUGGCGAGCAAUGUCCAUCUAAUGAAGAAGAAAGGCUCUUGUGUUAUAAUGGGGAAGUGCUUAUUUUUCAAUUGUCUAAAGGAAAUUUUGCAGAUAAAGGGCCUGCAGAAAUACCCAUAUUGCAUGUCAGAAGAAUGGUGUUUGACAGAGAAACAGGAGCAUUUGUUCAGAAGUCCACUGGAUUCUUCAGCAUAAAGGAAGAAAAUUCUUAUCUAAAAAUUAUGUGUUGCAAUUGUGUGUCAGAUUUCAGAACUGGAAUGAAUCUCCCUUAUAUUGUGAUACAAUGCAAUGAAAAGAAUAAUGUUUUCAAAUAUUUUCUACUAUUUCUUCAUAGUACCAAUAAGUUUGAAAAGUGUUUGAGUUUCAAACUAGGCCAUGAGUUGAAGGACGGCAUAAGGGUCUUUGAUGGCCCUUUAAUUUUAUGGAAUCAUGUUGAAACAGUCUUCUAUAUCUCUCCCCAAACUGGCAGAGUUAUUACUGUGUCUGUUAACUUUUCCUGUAUUCAGUGGGCAGGAGAGAUUGAAAAUCUAGGUAUGGUUUUAUUAGGACAAAAGAAAUGCUAUUCAUCGGAGGAAGAAUGCACCCCAAAGCCUUCAAAAUCAGAUUAUGCAUUUUGGAAUACCAAGUUUUGUGUAUACGCCCUUGAAAGUGAAGAAGUUAUAAGUGAUACGUACAUUAUCCCUCCGGCUUACAGCAGUGUGAUCACGUGUGUGCAUGUCUGUGCAACUGAGAUCGUCAACAACCAGCUAAGAAUGUCUCUGAUUGCUCUUACUCGAAAGGAUCAGCUGAUUGCAUUCCAAAAUGGGACUCCUAAAAGUGUGUGCCAGCUUCCAUUUGGAGAUCCUUGUGCAAUUCAACUUAUGGAUUCGGGCGGAGACCUCCUUUUCCUUGUGUCCUUUAGGUCCAGUGAUGUUUGUGCUGUUUGGGGAAAGAACUUUCAGAUUGCUGCUAAAUGGGAAAAAGUUAGCUCAGUACUGAUAGAUGACUUUCUUGGAACUGGAACUGAACAAGUACUGCUACUUUUUAAGGACUCCUUAAAUUCAGAUUGCCUGAGUUCAUUUAAGAUAACAGAUCUUGACAACAUAAACUAUUCAAGGGAAACAUUGGAUUGCAAUGAAGAUGACUUACUUCAAGAUAAAGAAGAUAAUCGCUUUUUGGUGAUUCCAGCUCUGGAAAGAAGAAUUAAAGCGGGAUUGGUUUCUAUUCAGGAAGCACAGCAGCAUCUCUUGCUUAAGGAAAAAAUUAUUUUAAAAUCUUGCAAAGCUUUAAUGAACCUGGUUCAAGGGAAAGAAGAUAGUAUAUCAAGUGCAGAGGAGGAAUGUUUUGUUACUCUUUGUGGUAAAGAAGAAAAUCUUGUCCAUACUUCUGAUGAAAAGUUAUUAGACAAAUCUCAAGAUUCAGAACAGCUAGUAGAGAAGAUAUGGUAUCGUGUAAUAGAUGAUAGCUUGGUUGUUGGAGUGAAAACCACGUCUUCUUUGAAGCUGUCCCAGACCCAGGUGACUUUAUCGGUAUCAGUGGAUCGACCCCAUAGCUCCAGCUUUCAGCUUAUUAAGUGUCAAAAUAGGGUGAUCAAGUUGAGUAGGAACUCUUUUCCAGCACCAUGCUCAGUGCCAUAUGAAACAGGACCAGAGGCAAAAAGGAUCAAGUUGACUCUUGAUCAUGAGGAAGAGGAAGAGGAGAGCUUUGUCAGUGAACAGCCAGCUGAGAAAGAGUGUGUACAGAUAAUUACUGCAGUAACACCUCUUUGGCCGCUUUUAACAUUCAGUCAUUUUUGUUGCAUUGUGCUGUUACAAAUUAGGAAGAGAGAAAAUGGUAACUGUUCUCAGCAUCGUUAUAUUCCGUGUGGCAGACUUUCUUUAAGUCUAGAAGAUUUUUCAAGUGGGAAAUACCUAGUGACAUUUCCAAAGAAUCCCAUAGAACACAUGGAAGAUCUCUUUGCACUUCUCGCAGUAUUGCACAAAACUUGUUUUCAAAUCACAUCUCCCAGCUAUGCCCUGACUUCAAUGAAGGCAUGGCUCUUAGAACACAUGAAAUGUGAAGUAAUCAAAGGAUUUCCAGAAAUUUGCCUUUGUAAAGGGCCAGAAAGUUUGUGUGGGACACUCUUCAACUGGAAACAAAGGACCCCAUUUGAAGGGAUUUUAACAGUCUAUUCCAGGAAUCAAACAGUUUUGUUUCAGUGCCUUCAUAAUCUCAUCAAAGUUCUCCCUACAAAUUGUUCCUUCAAAAAUCUAAAAUUAGAAAGUGAGGAUUUCCUAAUUGAUCAUUUGGCGUUAGCUUUGGAGAAAGAAUUGGUUAUCCUGGGUUCUGUUUCUUCUGCCUUAGUUAAGGUUGAAAACAACUUGAUACAGAGGUGUGAAGCAAGGAAAGAAAAGAGUGGUGUCACUCAGGCUGCUUUAUCAGACAGAAAGGAAAACAUCCACUCCUACAGAGAAGAAUUUCAGAGAGAAAAGCAAACGUUGGGGACGAACCUAAAAGUGAGUGGUACCCUUUAUAGAGAAAUGACUUUGAAAUUAGCUGAGAUUCAGCUGAAAUCAGACAUUGCUGCACAGAAACUGACUGGUUUAUAAUUAUAAUCUCAAUUUGAUUAGAUUUUAAAGUACGUUUACCCCGCCAGAACAUUUUAGUUCCACUUGUUUUCAUUUUACAUCACAUGCAUCCUUUGUAAGAAUAAAAAUUGAGGCAUUUUGCAGGUUUUGAUGAUGCACAAAAUAAAUAGCAUGCCUUAGGGUAGCAGUUCUCAGCAGGGGCGCUUUUUCCUCUCUCCAGCCUCCCCCCCACCACUUCCCAGGGGGCAUUUGGCUUGUCGGGACAUUUUUUGAUUGUCACAAGUACUGAGGAGUGGGAGGGUGAGGCAGGGGUGCUAUUCGCAUAUGGUGGUUGGAGCCCAGGGCUGCUGCUAAAAUCCUGAUCUGCACAGGAUGCCCCCAAAGAAAGAAUGACCCCGAUCAAAAUCCUGAGGUUGAGAGAUCCUGCCUUAGACUUACCGCUGAAGUGAAGACAGAGGUGAUCUGACAGUCUUUUGGUCUAAAUCUUCAAAAAACUUAAGUAGUCCUUUUACUGGAUUCUGCUUAGUAAAACAGCUUAUAAAAAUCAACUUCAAACAGAUAAACAAGGUUGUCUGGAUUCACAACUCCCUGUGAACAGCAAGCUCCUGUGGAACCUUAAAUGGCGGAGUGUCUGGGUGGGACCAUUAAAAUGAAAGUGUUUGGAACCCUUGUUUAAAUUUUAUUAGAAAGCAUCUCUGAAAGUGUAAGUCUAUAGGAAUGUGGAAAUUUUAGGGCAUUUCUCUGAGAAGCACCUCUCUUUCAAAGGUUAAGCGUACCUCACAGGCCACUAUUUAAAAAACAAAUUGAAAAUGCCUUUAAGCCAUCUGAAACUCCACUCUAGGCAAACCUAAAAUAUAAAAGUCUAACUAAAAUAAUUUAAAGAAUAUGGUAUUUGGCAUUUCUCAGGAACCGAGAAAUUUAAAAAUAAGUGAAAAUUCAGUUCAGUUAAGAAGUGAUUUUUAAGGGGUCCAAUGAGCCAUUUCAAGGGGCAAAAAUUCAACCUAUUUCCUUUUCGGUGGGGGGAUAAAAAUUUUGGAGUAAUGUAACGUCAGGAGAGAUAAAAAACAUAAAAGGAUAUGGGCCAAAAGGAUUGUUUCUGAUCCUUUUUGCUCUAAACUCCUUAAGUGAGAUGGAAGUUUCCAGCUCAAUUGAAAGAAAUAAAGAUGAUUAUAGAAAGUGACAUUUCAUGCUUGCAGCUAUCAAGUGCUAAUUCCCCCCGUGCCUUAGAAGUGCUCGAUCUGGUGAUGCAAAUGGGUUUUAGAGACUGUAAGUUGUUUUCUUGUCUCAAUUUUUAUGAUUGUCCAUAUAAUAUGCUAGCUCUUUUUUUAGUAAUCCAUUGCAAAUUGAGACAGCUCUAUUUCUAUGAAAUGUCAACGAAAAAUAUGUCAGACCUUCUGGAAGUGGAAAUAGAAUAAUUUCAGGAUUAAUUGUGGAAAUCUGGAAAUAGUACGCGUCUAUAUACUCGUAUAUUGAAACUGUCCAUGACGUGUUCUGAAAGAACAACCGAGUAUAAAAUACAAGAACUGCAUUGGAAGAUGGAGGCUGUCACAAAACUAAACAGAAUUUAAUUGUUAUAGUUUUUCUGUAGGAAAGGUAGGGUAAUAAAAAUAGCAUGGUGCUUAUUUUUUAUUUAUAAGAGCAGCCAAAAGGUAUUAAUCUAGAUAUACCAAAUGACCUCUAUAAGUGAGACUGGUAUUUCAGUGUAUUUUUCUAUUUAAUACAAAUUAGAAAAGCCAGCGUUUGAGGAAAUGAUGUCCGUGCCGUUCUUUCAUGAUUCAGUUAUCUCUUUGCUUCUUUGAGCAUAUUCAUCUGACCGCUGACCUUGUGAACAUGUGAGGCUCCCCUCAAAACUACAGUCCUUCCCAAAUCCACACUGCUGAAGUGAAAACAAGUUUUGUUUUGGAACAGCACUCCACAAUUUUCAGACACAAAAUUUUCUGUCAGCCUCUUGAUCUCUUAACUAAGGAAUGUGCAUAAGCCAGCUUAGGUGUGACAUUAUUUAAUGUGGUGGCUAGGUUGGGGAAGAAAUGUAACAUUCAUUGGCUGUCAACUAUAUGCCAAACAGUAAGCUUGAAACACACACACACAUGCACACAUACACAUUCAUAUCCGUAUUGAUACAUAUAUAUUUUUUAAUCCUUCACAGCAAACCAUCAAGUGUAAUUAUUAGUAUUGUCCCCAGUAUGAAAAAAAAUGUUAAACCAAAUUAAACAGGUACAUGCAAGCAACUUGAUCCCAUACCCUUGUUACAAAUUUUUCAAAAUCAGUAGACCCUUUAAGAAUUCUAAUAAUAUACAAGUGAAUCUUAUUGUCUUGAUAAAGCUUCCUU